AUGUCUCCGGCGGCUUCGGCGGCUGGAGGAGGCGACCGACGGCGGCCGUUAGCGAGUGUCAGGGACGGCCGGGGCCGGGGCUGGGGCUGCGGCGGGCCGGCCGGGGCGGCGCUUCUCGUCCUGUCGCUGCUCGGCCUCGUGCUGUACCUGGUGCCGGCGGCGGCUGCGCUGGCCUGGCUGGCUGUGGGGGCUACCGCGGCCUGGUGGGGACUGAGCCGCGAGCCCCGGGGUUCGCGCGCCUUCUCGCUGGUUCGGAACGUCAGGCGUCAGCGAACACUGCUCGCCUCGCCUCCGGCCAAGUCGGCAGUAAACGGAAAUCUUUUAGAGCCGCGGAGCCUGCUGGAAGGACCCGACCCCGCAGAACUGCUCCUCUUGGGCAGUUACCUGGGCAAGCCAGGCCCCCCGCAGCCUGCCCCUGCCCCGGAGAGCAGGGACCUGCGGGAGAGGCCGGGCCGACGCCCACCCGCCCGCACCGCGCCGCCCGCUCAGUCGGCGCAUCCCCGUGGCGUUCAAGUUCACCCCUUCCUCCCCGCUCCUCUCCUCCGAUCCUCUAGGAGGCCUUCCCAGCGGGAUUGUGGGACUUUAUCACAUCGGUUUGUAAUAACACCUCGAAGAAGAUAUCCAAUUCAACAGACCCAAUAUUCCUUGCUGGGGGUACUUCCCACAGUAUGCUGGAAUGGUCAUCACAAGAAGACUGUGCUAUCUGCUCGUAAUUCCAAAAUGGUGUGCAGCCCAGUGACAGUGAGGAUUGCUCCUCCAGAUAGCAAAUUGACUCGUUCUCCGAUACGAGAGCAAAUUAUCAACUCAACACUGUCCUCACCAUCAGCUAGUGCCCCAGACCCAUGUGCAAAGGAGACAGUACUGAAUGCCCUCAGAGAGAGGAAGAAAAGGACAGUGGAGGAGGAAGACCAAAUAUUUGCUGAUGGCCAGGAAAAUAAAAGAAGGCGCCAUGAUAGCAGUGGGAGCGGACAUUCAGCAUUUGAGCCCCUGGUGGCCAACGGAGUCCCUGCUUCUUUUGUGCCUAAGCCUGGGUCUCUGAAGAGAGGUCUCAAUUCCCAGAGCUCAGAUGAUCACUCGAAUAAGAGAUCCCGCACCUCUUCUAUGAGCUCCUUGACAAGCACAUACACAGGUGGCAUCCCUAGCUCCAGCCGCAAUGCCAUUGCCAGUUCUUACAGUUCCACUCGAGGUCUCUCUCAGCUGUGGAAGAGGAGUGGACCCGGUUCAUCUCCCUUCUCUAGCCCAGCCUCAUCCCGCUCCCAGACACCAGAGCGGCCAGCAAAGAAAAUAAGAGAAGAGGAGCCUUCUCAUCAUUCUAGUUCUUCAACUCCAUUGGUAACAGACAAGGAGUCCCAGGGAGAAAAGGUUGCAGAUAAAACCACGUGGAAGAAACAGAACUCGUGGAAUUCCCCAUCAACACCUGGCAGCUCUGGGCAGCGUAAACGGAAGGUUCAGUUGCUGCCCUCCAGGCGAGGGGACCAGCUGACCUUGCCUCCACCUCCCCAGCUUGGUUAUUCAAUCACUGCUGAAGACUUAGACUUGGAAAAGAAAGCUUCUUUACAGUGGUUUAACAAGGUCUUGGAGGAUAAGACUGAUACUGCCUCAAACUCUGUCACUGAGAACCCACCUACCAGUCAGUCUUCUUUCACUUUUACACUGCCUGCUGCUGGGACUGCUUCAUCCCCAACCUCGCUCCCAGCCCCAAGCACUAACCCACUGUUGGAGAGCUUGAAGAAGAUGCAGAAUUCCCCAGGCCUACCAUCCCUCCCCGAAGCUGCUGGCGUGGCAGCCACUGUGGCCCAUUCGCCUCCGAAGACACCCAGCCCUCUGGCCCCUCUGGGCUCUUCAGAGUCAGCACCCCUUCCAGGCACCUCCGAAGACUCCAAAUCCACCCCCACUUUCUUGGGGCUGACCCCUGCUGCUUCCCCAGGACCAGUCACUGACGCCAAGUCACCUCCGGACCCUCAGGCUGAGACAUCUGCCAAAUCGCAAGCCCCGUCCGCCCCGUCUCCCAGCCCCAAGCAGAGUAUUCUGUUUGGAAUGCUGAGCACCCCACCUGUUACCCCUCCUGCCUCUGUGGCCCCUGCUGUGUCUUCAGCAUCUCCCAUGUUCAAGCCCAUUUUUGUGGUCCCACCUAAAAGUGAGAAUGAGGGCCCCUUGCCCUCUAGCCCUUCCAAGGUCACAGCCGCCGCAUCUUCCAGCUCAGCCGUCCCCACGACGACCAGCAGCCCACCCCUCACUUUCAAGCCUAUCUUUAGCAACAUGGGGCCACCUGCAUCUGUGCCCAUGUUAACUCCCUUCUCCUUCAAGCAAACAGCUACUCCAGCCACUUCCACAAGCGCCCCUCUCCUCAGCGGCCAGGCUGGCGCCACCUCUGCAGUGGUGUCCAUGACCACAGCCAGCACCUCCGCAGACUCUGCUCCGAAGCCCGCGUUCAGCUUCGGUGUGCGCACCGCGACCAGCACCCCGAGCAGCGUGACUAGCACCACCGCUUCCGCCUCCCAGCCCUUCCUCUUUGGGACUCCCCCUGCUUCCGGUGCCAGCUUUACCCCAGCUGUGGGCCCCAUAUUCCAAUUUGGCAAACCUCCCGCCAUGCCUGCUUCAACAGCAGUCGCCACCUUUGGCCAGUCCCUUCCCAGUGCCGCCCAGACCACCCCCAGCAGCAGCAGCAGCAGCAGCACAGCCAGCUUUAGUGGCUUUGGCAGCACCCUCACCGCCUCAGCCCCAGUCAGCAGCAGCCAGCCCACGCUGACGUUCAGUAGCGCCACCGCCCCGGCGUUCAACAUUCCCUUCGGCUCGAGCGCCAAGCCACCUCCCCCGUCCUACCCAGGAGCCAACCCCCAGCCCGCCUUCGGGGCUGCGGAUGGGCAGCAGCAGGGGGCUGCCAAGUCGGCCCUCGUCCCCAGCUUCGGCAGCUCUUUCACUUUUGGAAACUCUGCAGCCCCGGCCCCGACUGCGGCUCCAGCGCCAGCCCCAGCCCCGGCCCAGCCAGCCUUUGGUGGCACCGCGCAGUCGGCUUUCAGUGGUCUGAAGGCCACGGCCUCUGCCUUUGGCACUCCUGCCAGCACCCAGCCAGCCUUUGGCGGCACCACAGCUGCCUUCUCCUUCGGUGCAGCCACCACCACUGGCUUUGGAGCUACAACGCAGACCGCCAGCAGUGGGACCAGUAGCUCAGUGUUCGGCAGCACGACACCAUCGCCCUUCACAUUUGGGGGACCAGCAGCCCCAGCCGGCAGCGGGGGCUUUGGGAUCAGUGCGGCCACCCCAGGCACCAGCUCUGCCUCUGGAGCGUUCGGCUUUGGAGCAGGACAGAGUGGGACCACUGGCAGCACGACCCUUUUCGGGGGAGGCUUGAGUCAGAACAGCUUGGGCGCGCCCAGCCAGAGCACACCGUUUGCCUUCAACGUGGCCAGCACGCCGGACAGCAAACCUGUGUUUGGAGGCACCUCCACACCCACCUUUGGUCAGAACACCCCUGCUCCUGGGGUGGGCGCAUCAGGCAGCAGCCUCUCCUUUGGGGCAUCCUCAACACCCGCCCAAGGCUUUGUCGGAGUUGGACCUUUCGGAUCGGCGGCCCCCUCCUUUUCCAUUGGUGCGGGAUCCAAGACCCCAGGGGCUCGACAGCGACUGCAGGCCCGAAGGCAGCACACACGCAAGAAAUAG